AUGACCCAUGGGGACAGUGCAGGUCCUGUUUGCAGCCUGAAGUUUGUGACUCUCCUGGUGGUCCUAGGUCCGGAGCUCCUAUUCCUGGGAGCCGGAGUGCAGCUUCAAGAAAAUGGGUAUAAUGGAUUACUUGUUGCAAUCAAUCCUCAGGUAUCCGAGGAUCAGAACCUCAUCCCAAACAUUAAGGAAAUGAUAACUGAAGCUUCUUAUUACCUAUUCAAUGCUACCAAGAGAAGAGUGUUUUUCAGAAAUAUAAAGAUUUUAAUACCUGCCACAUGGAAAGCUAAUAAUUACAGCAAAGUAAAACAAGAAUCUUAUGAAAAGGCAAAUGUCAUAGUGACUGACUGGUAUGGGGCACAUGGAGAUGAUCCAUACACCUUGCAAUACAGAGGGUGUGGAAAAGAGGGAAAACACAUUCAUUUCACACCUGACUUUCUACUAAAUGAUGACUUAACAGCUGGCUAUGGAUCACGAGGCAGAGUGUUUGUUCAUGAAUGGGCUCAUCUCCGUUGGGGUGUGUUUGAUGAAUAUAACAAUGAGAAACCUUUCUACAUAAAUGGGCAAAAUCAAAUUGAAGUAACAAGGUGUUCAUCUGACAUCACAGGCAUUUUCUUGUGUGAAAGAGGCCCUUGCCCCCAAGAAAACUGUGUUAUUAGCAAGAUUUUCAAAGAAGGAUGCAUGUUUAUAUACAAUAGCACCCAAAAUGCAACUGCAUCGAUAAUGUUCAUGCAAAGUUUAUCUUCUGUGGUUGAAUUCUGCAAUGCAAGUACCCACACCCAAGAGGCUCCAAACCUGCAGAACCAAAUGUGCAGCCUCAGAAGUACGUGGGAUGUAAUCACAGACUCUGACGACUUUAAUAACAGUUUUCCCAUGAAAGGGACUGAGCUUCCGCCUCCUCCCACGUUCUCUCUUGUACAGGCUGGGGACAAAGUGGUCUGUUUAGUGCUGGAUGUGUCCAGCAAGAUGGCAAAGGCUGACAGACUCCUUCAACUGCAACAAGCAGCAGAAUUUUACUUGAUGCAGAUUGUUGAAAUUCAUACCUUUGUGGGCAUUGCUAGUUUUAAUAGCAAAGGGACGAUCAGAGCCCAGCUACACCAAAUUAACAAAGACGAUGACCGAAAGCUGUUGGUUUCGUAUCUGCCUGCCACUGUGUCAGCUGAAGCAGAAACCAGCAUCUGCUCAGGGCUGAAGAAGGGAUUUGAGAUGGUUGAAAAACUGAAUGGGAAAGCCUUCGGCUCUGUGAUGAUACUAGUGACCAGUGGAGAUGACGAGCACAUCACCAACUGCUUCCUCACUGUGCUCAGCAGUGGUUCAACUAUUCAUACCAUUGCCCUGGGUUCAUCUGCGGUCAAAAACCUGGAGGAAUUAUCACAUCUUACAGGAGGUUCAAAGUUCUUUGUUCCAGAUAAAUCCAACUCCAAUAGCAUGCUUGAUGCUUUCAGUAGAAUUUCCUCUGGAACUGGAGACAUUUUUCAACAACAUAUUCAGCUUGAAAGUAUAGGUGAAUAUGUUAAACCUCACCAUCAAUUGAAAAACACUGUGACUGUGGAUCACAGUGUGGGCAAUGACACUACCUUUCUAGUCACAUGGCAGACCAGUGGUCCCCCUGAGAUUGUAUUAUUUGAUCCUAAUGGAAGAAAAUACUACACAGAUGAUUUUACCACCAAUCUAGCUUUUCGGACUGCUCGCCUCUGGAUUCCAGGAACUGCUAAGCCCGGGCUAUGGACUUACACACUGAACAAUACCCAUCAUUCUCCUCAAGCCUUGAAAGUGACAGUGACCUCUGGCGCCUCCCACUCAGCCGUGCUCCCUGCCACUGUGGAAGCCUUUGUGGAAAGAGACAGCACCCAUUUUCCCCAUCCUGUGACAAUUUAUGCAAUUGUGAGAAAGGGGUUUUAUCCCAUUCUCAAUGCCACUGUAACUGCUACAAUUGAGUCAGAGACUGCAGAUCCUGUUACGCUGAAACUUUUUGAUGAUGGAGCAGGUGCUGAUGUUAUAAAAAAUGAUGGAAUUUACUCGAGGUAUUUUUUCUCCUUUGCUGUAAAUGGUAGAUAUAGCUUGAAAGUGCGUGUCAAUCAUUCUCCCAGCAUAAGUGCCUUAGUCCACUCUAUUCCAGGAAGUCAUGCUAUGUACGUACCAGGUUACAUAACAAAUGGUAAUAUUCAGAUGAAUGCCCCAAGAAAAUCGGUGGGCAGGAGAGAGGAAGAGCAAAAGUGGGGCUUUAGCUGAGUAAGCUCAGGGGGUUCUUUUUUUGUGCUGGGCGUUCCAGCUGACCCACAUCCUGAUGUGUUUCCGCCAUGCAAAAUUAUUGACCUGGAAGCUGUAAAAGUAGAAGAAGAGGUGACUUUAUCUUGGACAGCACCUGGAGAAGACUUUGAUCAGGGCCAGGCCAACAGCUAUGAAAUAAGAGUGAGUAAAAGUCUACAGAAUAUUCAAGAUGACUUUAACAAUGCCAUUUUAGUGAAUACAUCAAAGUUAAAUCCUCAGCAAGCUGGUACCAAGGAGAUAUUUACAUUCUCAUCAGAGCUUUUCACAAAUGGACCUGAACAUCAACCUGAUGGAGAGACACAAAAAAGCCACAGAAUUUAUGUGGCAAUACAAGCAGUAGAUAGGAACUCCUUAAAGUCUGCUGUAUCUAAUGUUGCUCAGGCAUCUCUGUUGAUUCCCCCAAAUUCUACUCCUGUAUUUGCCAGAGAUUAUCUUAUAUUGAAAGGAGUUUUGACAGCAAUGGGUUUUACAGGAAUCAUUUGCCUCACCAUAGUUGUAACACACUGUGUUUUAAACAGGAAAAAGAGAGCAGACAAGAAAGAGAAUGAAACAAAAUUAUUAUGA